AUGGUUUUGGCCUUUGAAUUGCAGUGGAACAGAAUCAACGAAGAGGAUGAAGAACAAUAUACAUAUCUUGCUAAUAUCCUAACCACCUUGUUGGAGAAAGAAAUUCUAUCGAGUGAUAUUUUAAAACAGUUAAUGAAUUUUUCGGCAUUAAAAAGAUGUGGAUUAGAAAUCAAGAACAUGUAUAUUAAAAGUAGAACGAGAGAGCUUUACACCCAAGAUAGAUUUAACUUGCUUCAUGAGGAAAAUGAAGGCUUCUCUAAACUUAUUUCAAUCAUUAUCGACAACGAAAAUAUGGAAAUUUCUAAAAUUGAUCGUAUAACAAAAGAAAUCGUGGAAUUGAUUGGAUUUUUCAACUUAGAACCGAAUCGAUGCCUUGAUAUUUUACUAGACGCGUACGAACAUAACACUGAGAAUGAGUGCUAUUCAUCUAUAAUUUCACAUCUAUUCAAUUCUCAACAUUUAAGACAUGCUAUAGGAUUCAAGUUACUUGGCUAUCAUUCAAGCAAAUCUACUCCAAAAUCACUUUUUACAAUGAUUGUUAAGCUCAUGAGAAAGAAAUUACUUAAAUUUGAAGACAUUUUAGAUUAUCUAGGACCAAAUUCGUUUGAUGAUUUGACGUUCAAGCACUUGGACUAUGAAGGAGAAAGAAAAAAAGAAUCAAGAGAAUACUCUGUCGUUUCACUUGAUGGAAGUAGUACAGAGAAGUCAGAACCAAGAUUCGAAAAGUCAUCUCCAGAGUUUCAAAAGGAUCAAAAAUUUGGCUUUCUAAUAGAAUUAUUGAAUUUAGAUCUUAUUUCAGAGGCAAUAACACUAUUGGACAUCUUAUCCAAGUUUGAUCCUCAUUGGAACUAUGACAUUGCUUUUGCAUGUUGUUCUUCGAUAGAAAAGCUAAUUAACCCAAUAUAUAUUAAGCGAUCUAGAACCAUCAAUAGCACAUCUAAUAAUUUACCUCCUCUGACUCGAGAAGAGAUUCAAACGCUUGAAGAUCUUGUCUUUCCAUUGAUUUAUCACACGAAAUACGAACUUUAUCGAGAUGUAAAAAUACUUACAAAGAUAAUACGGGUAUUGAAAAUGUAUUUGGUUGCACCAGCUCAGAUCAAUCACAAUACUUUAAUGGGAGUACUCACCUCCGUACUUUCUUCUCUUUGCUUUUUAGGUAUGAACACUGUUGUAGUUUCAGAAUUUUGGGAUGUAUUCAGAAAUCUUCCGUUUACGACUAGAUAUCAGGUUUAUGGUCUGCUAAGACAAGUUGGUUAUGAACGCCAACCCAAACUGAUGGCUCAACAGAACUUGGUUUCCAAGAACGUUAGACUUAUUUUCAACAGAAUCUCGUUUGCCAACAUCAAAACAAAGGCAAGAGAAAUUCUCCAAUAUUCCCUUACAAACCCAAUAGUAGUGUGUGACGAAUUCAUUAGAAAAUGUGAAAACUACGAUAAUUUAAUCCCUCUUUGUGUUGAUUCUGCACAGUAUACUCCAGAGAUUUUCCACGAUACAAUGAUUUACUGUAUAUUGGACCGAUUUCUAUCGAACGAGAGAAGCGCAAUUAAGGAUGAUGGCAUCUCCAUUGCUACGUGGCUGUCUAAUUUGGCAACUUUAUGUGGACUGUUCUUUAGAACAUAUCCAUUUACUGAUAUUACUCCAAUGUUGAACUAUUUAACACAACGGCUCAAGGAAGGACAGUGGGAAUAUCUAAUUAUUCUUACCGAAAUUAUCAAACAGACGUCGGGAUUGGAAUACUCGGAAGAAAUUUCUGAAAGUCAGUUGGAUGCUUUGGCAGGUGGCAAGUUGAUAUUGACUUUGGCAGGAGGUUUCUCACCCAUGGUAAAAGGUAGUGCUGUUGAAUCAGUUGCCAAACUUAAAGAUACUCUUCUGAAAACAGGAAAGGGCGUCUCUCUUUUACUUUUACUUUCCAAGCUUAGCAAUUAUGGAAUAUUUCUUCAUGACGAUCUCCAAGAAUGGAAGCAUAUUGCCGACUCAAAAGACGUUUCUCAUGCAACUUAUUUACUUCUCCUAAAAUUCUUGCUGAGCGAAGCCAAAUUUGUAUUUGAAGAGGAUGUUACAGGAAGCGAAAAUUACUGCAUCUUACCUCUACCAAGUAUUGAAACUUUACAGAAAGGAUACAAACUUAGCCCAUCGUUUGUUUUCUCGAUUGUAAGAUUAACAAUGUCAUCCAUACCUUCCAACGAUAUCGAGCCCUUCCUUCCCAACGAGAUUUGGACACAUUUCUCACCUGAAUUCUAUCAAUUUUUCUGGAUGAAAGAAUUAUCUGACAUCUUUGUUCCAAGUGCCUUAUACAGAGAUGUCGUUGCAGAAAAUCCUCAUUAUAGGAAUGCUCUUCAAAAAGAAAAAGACGAGCAGCAGCAAAAGUAUGACUCGACUCUUAAGAUCAUGAAAGACUCCUGUCAGCACUUUUUUAUCGGUAACGGAGAAUUUGUAGAUAUGGGUAUUUUGCUUCAACACUGCUUCCUGCCACGUGCUUUAUUCUCUGCUGCUGAUUCUUUGUAUUGUGCUAAAUUGGUUCACGUCUUGCACAGCAUUGAAGCUCCAAAAUUUUCUUUGAACCUAUUCCUUCAAAUGUUAAUGAGUAUGGCACCCGGAAUCUUGUUGGCAUGUACAGAAUUUGAAGCAAGAAGACUUGGUAGAUUCACUCAAUAUCUUCUCUCGUUGAGCAAUAGAUGGUGUGAAAGCAUUAGCGAGUUCAACAAGGAUAUCAAAAACAAACCUGGGUCAUUUGUAGCUAUUGAGGGACUUCCUCAACUCGCGUCUCUUAACGAUAAUGAUGAAAGCCCUUUUAUCAAACUGGACCAUGACGCCUAUCAACGUUUCCAUUUCUUACUCAUGGAAAACUUAUUGAAUAACUGUGUGACUUUACUCAGAAGUGGUGACCAUGUUAAAAUCAGAAUUGUUCUAUUGUUCUUGACUCCGUUAGCAAAAUUGAACGUUUUCCCAUACUAUAAGCGUCAUUGUGACUCUCUCAUUGAAAUCACUGACCUCUUCAGGGAUCACCGAGUUGAAAAUAUCAAGGUACUUGCGAACACAUACACCCCUCUUGUCAGAAACAUUAGAAAGAAGAGUCAAGAUCCAAGUUUUGUGAAUUCUUUAUUGAGAAGCACAGUCAAACCUACCAAUAUCAACAUUCCUCGAUCAAAGAAGGAUCUCUCAAACAUUACCCCAUUGUUAGAAACACCUAAUACUGCUGUUUCUGAAGAACCACUCUCAUCCAUAACUCCUCCUACAGUAGCUGUUGUAGAAGAUGCUAUGGUUGGUGAAUUUUCUGAUUCCACAAGUAAUAACACUGCCUCUCCACCUUCUCUGACGACUCCUUCGCUUGAAGAAAAACAGGGUGAAGAGGAAUCCCUCAAAGAACAACGAACGGAAGUCAAACAAGAAGAAGAAGAAGAAGACGAAAUGCAAGUGGAUGAGGAACGAGUUAGUGGCACAACGGUGGCCACAACUCCUUCAGAGAUGCAAGCUGGUGUUGAAACAUCUGAACCCAAAACAGAACCUGUGGUGGAAGAAAAGGCAAUGGAAACUCCUCCGAGUGUUGCUGCUGAAACUGUGGAAGAAGUGAGCUCAACAGUUGCUGAAUCGGUAAAGACUGAAAUUAAUCAGGUCAGUGCUGAUGCUGGUGGUGAGGUCAAGUCGACCUCAGAAGAAUUAACGGUUGUCACCACAACGACUCCAAGUACCAUUGCAGAAUUUGUUCAAGUGACAGCUGAAAUUUCUAGUAAGGGAUCAACCAUUGCUGAGAGUCCAACCACGAUGAAUAGCAAAUUGCAAAUCAAAUUGCAAAACCUUAGUAAGAGCACACCAAGUUUGAGCAAACAAGAUAAGGUUUCAGAAUAUUCAAAAGAGGUUGUGAGUUUACUUAUCCUUCCAAAGCAAAAUCCUUUAAAGUUUUACAACGAGCUGAAACAAAGACUUGCUAAGGAAGGUAGCAGGGUUGCUGAUGAGAGCAAGUCCGGAGCAAAGAGCGAAAGCAAAGCAUCUUCGAGUCGAUCAGACACGUCACCUUCCUCAUCGAAAGACUCGCAAUCAUCGAGACGAAUUGAUUCCGAGUCCAAUAGAAAAUACUCUGCAUCGCCAUCUUCUCAACACGAAAGAAGGCUUACCACAACUCCAUCAUCUAAGGACGCUAAGAAGGAAAGCGAUCAAACACACGGCAAAUCAGAAAGCUCAGACACUAGAAGAACAUCCAGCAGUAGAUCAUCAGAUAGUGGAAGCAGAAGUGGUCAACUAAGCCCGUAUGACAGUCGUGACUCGUACAGAAGUGAGAGUAGAAGUUAUAGUGAUAGCUACAGCAGCAGAAGUGAGAGUAGAUAUGAAAGCAGCAGAUAUAGCAGCAGUAGCGACAGUGGAAGAAGAACUUCUUCCUCUUCUUCUUCUGUAACUCAAAGCAGUAGCAGCGACAACAGAAGGACCAGCAGUGGUGACAGCAGAAGCGACUCCAAGCGGUCUGGAAAUGCAUCAUCGGCUUCGUCCGACAAAAACGAUCUAAAACGAGCGUCCAAUGAAAGAGAAAGCAAAUCCGAGCAUGAAACAGACUCCAAAAAGAAGCGUUUCAAUAGAUAA